AAAAAAAAAAAAAAAAGAACGGCCCCCACCUGAGCAACGAAUUCCCAAUUGCGGGAAACCAAAAAUCAUGAAAAAAAAAAAGGGCAUAGCACCCGCAGCCAACGAAUAAUUGCCCCUACUCUCCAAUAGGAAAAAUCCUUACCCUCCAACCGUUGUAGAGCCUUCGCAAAUGUCGCACGCCGGGGACUCUGGAUCAGCUCGAUCCGUGAAUGAUACCUCGGCUCAUAGUUUCUAUAGCGACGACAUGUUGCAAAUGCAAGGCUACCACUUUAGUACGCCUAUAUCAGGUUCAGAUACUGGCGAGAGCAACGAUUUUGCAAAAGGUUACCGGAUUGCUGAUCGAAAGCCUGUGGUCGCUAAAUUCUCUUCGAACACACUGAAGUUAGAGAGAGAAUAUCACACCCUAAGACGGCUGUAUCAACAGCCAGAUGGCCCAAAGUACAUUGUCCAAGCUCUCGAACGCAUCAAUGUACGUAAUGGCAUUACUGUCAUAAUAUCGGCUGAUGAAGGCACUAGUCGAUUCGAUCGACAUCGCUUGCAAUCCGAGGACACCAUAAAAACUGGAGAAACUCGGUCAUAUUCACUAUCCACUUCCACAACAUCUGAAUUCAACUCAAUUGAUACUACAUCUACUUCAAUCGUCAUUCACCCCGCCCCCUCUGAGGCUAACACGCAGCAGUACGACUUGGCAACCUUUCUUCGCUUUGCUAUCAAGUGUACCGACUGCCUUGAAUUCAUCCAUAGAAAUAAUACAGUACACGGCGAAUUACGCUUGAGUUCUUUCUUUUGGAGCGAAGAAGACGAAGGAAAAGUGAAGAUUGCCAGCUUUGGUCAAGGUGCUCGAAGCUUCGAGUCUUAUCUUACAAGCGAAGGCUGGCGCAAAAAUUUUAGCUCCAAGGAUGGCCUAGCAAAGCUCAGAAACACUCUGACCUACUUGAGCCCGGAGCAAACUGGUCGAACAAAUUAUAUUCCUGAUCAUCGCGCUGACAUUUACUCGCUUGGUGUAAUCUUCUUUGUGCUUCUCGCUUGCAAAGAGCCCUUCGAAGGUGGACCUCUUGAUAUAUUAAAUGGCAUCUUGAGUCGUAGCCUCACUCCAAUUCACGAAUUACGUCCUGACGUUCCCGCUGUUAUUACUGAGAUUAUUGAAAAGAUGACUGCCAAGUCACCUGAUUGCCGCUACAACAGCGCUAUUGGCAUUAGAGAAGACCUCAAGGAGUGUCUAAGACGAUUAUCUGCUGGUACAGAUUCAUAUGAAGCUAUUCAGACAUUUCCAUUGGGCCAGUGUGACGUUGCUUCCAUAUUCACUUUGCCAAGCAUUCUCUUUGGUCGACAAAAUGAAAUACAUCAAAUUUGUUCAACCAUACGAAGGACGGCUGGUUUCUAUAACCGGAAGCGAUCGAGCCGAGAUCGAUCGACUGUCACUGCAACAGCAACAGAAUCUUCCAACUUGGCAAGUGAUCUGAAUCCAAGCAGUGCUAGUGUAGUCGAAUCUAUUAGCGAUACAUCAAGCGGUCUUGGUGCUAAUGUGCAAUACGAGCGAUCUUCUCCAAGCCAUGAGAGCAUGGCUGGGGAAAGCGAAAUGUCCGGUAGUACCAACCGAAACUAUGGGUCAAGGAAAUCGAGCUCUUUGCUCAUGGCCAUAACUGGACCAAGCGGUGUGGGAAAGUCGGCUCUUUUCAAUGCAGUCCAAACUACGGCAAGACACUAUGGUUACUUGGCCACUGCUAAAUUUGAUCAUAGGAGUCAAGUGCCUUUUGCUUGCAUUGCCCGCUGUAUUUCUCAAAUUUUACGCCAAAUCAUGUCCGAAUCAAGUGAUACAAAUGUCCUCAAUGUUGUCAAGGAAACCCUCGAAGCCCAAUAUGUCAAUGUUCACAAAUUGUUGGAAUGGGUCCCUGAAUUGUCGUUUGCUAUGUCUGAAAUGGAGGAUGAAGACAAACCUACCAUCGCCGAUAUAGCUAUUUCUGACAACAGAGCUGAGCUUCACUUUGUGUUUGUUCAAGUCAUUCGUGCAUUGGCCCAACACAGGAUGAUUACUUUGUUUUUGGACGAUCUUCACCAAGCCGAUCAACCAUCUCUGGAUCUAUUGUUCGCUUUGAUCGCAGCCAAAACCAAAAUUCUCUUCAUUGUUUCAUACCGUGAAGAGACCGUCAAUGAGAAGAUCACACAGAUAUUAGAGCUGGACAAAUCAGCCGUUCAGCAUAUUCAUCUAGACAACCUAGACAUGCCAGCUUUGACGGACUUUAUAUGUCAGACUUUGCACCGCUCCGUUCAAACCGAUGCCGAAGCGGUUGCCCCUCUUGCGAAUUUGAUCUUCCGCCAAACAAGAGGCAACCCAUUCUACACUUGUCAGCUUUUGCGGGCGUUUGCUGGCAAGGAGAAUUUAAUUUUCUUCAACUGGGACGAAAAUAAAUGGGAUUAUGACACGGCUGGAAUUGAAGCGUAUAUCACCUCUGGCGAAGAGGGUGCUUUAGAUUCUGACUUGGACGUCAGUUACCUUGUAGCACGUCUUCGGGAGUUGCCAUUAGACACUCAAAGAUUUCUGCGUUAUGCUUCCUUCAUAGGCAACACUUUCUCAUGGAAUGCCAUAAAUUACCUCAUGUCUUCCAGUUUUGAAGACGACAAUCCCCAUGAGGAGGAAGCGCCCACAACUGCUGCAUCCCUUUCUGCGAUUCACCCACUUGUCAAGUUGGCGCAUACAUACGACGAAAGCCACACUCCUCGCAAAAGUCGUUUAUCUAAGAAGCGUAGUGCAAUCAAUGGAUUGCAAACUGCUUUACAAGAAGGCAUGAUUGUUCCUCUUGACAAAGAUGAGUUUAGAUGGAGCCACGAUCGAUUUUCUCAAGCUGCAAUGUCUAUGGUCACUCCUUCGGUGGGAGAGCAGAUACAUUACAAGAUUGCCGUAUACUACUUGCAAGACCCGGAAUGCGACUCGGUCAUUGUCGCAGAUCAUCUUCUUCACUGCGCUGAUUUAAUCUCCACUUGCUCAAAUAGACCACACUACCGCGACAUAUUGUCCAAAGCUGGCUGGAAGCAGCAUAAUUCAGGAGCGCACAAAUGCGCAUUAGGCUAUGUCAAUGCUGCUUUACAGUUAAUAGACGAUGAUCCUUGGAAGCCUUCCACGUACGAUCAGACGCUUCACCUGUACACUCUAGGAGCUAGCUUGAGUUUGGUUGUUGGUGAUAGCUCAGAUACCGAAACAUACUUGGAUGUCAUCUUUGAUAACGUUACCGAACCCAUGGAACGUCUUCCCGCCUAUCGCAUCAAGGGCAGAUACUAUUAUGCUAAAGGCAUACAUGACGAUGCACUCAAUGUCUUGUUUGCUUGUCUUGGUGAAUUCGGAGUCACGUCUAUCAAGGCUGACCCGCCUCGAAAUGAAGUGGAUGAGAUUUAUUAUAGUUUGAAGAACGAGUUGACCACCAUCGGCUUAGACGAAGUAGCAAAGUUAAGCAAAUGCAACACCGCAGACAAGGUUAAACAUCAAGCGUUACUUGGCAUUCUGGAAGAAACACUUAAUGUUGCCUACUGGCUUGGCAAGCAAACGUUAAUGUUUUAUAUCGCGGCAAAGAUCAUUGAUAUCUCAAUUCAGCGUGGUGUAGUGGCUUGCACUGGUAUUGCUUUCCAAUGGCUAGGACUUGCGGCUGUGGAGUUUUACAAACAGUAUUCUUAUGGCCAUGAUCUCGGCGCAACUGGAUUGGCGCUUGUAGACAGAAUUGGAGGGAAUGUUGAAAAAGGAAGAGCUAAACACACCUAUGCCAGCUUCCUCGCCAUUUGGAAAUACCAUGUUAAAGACGUCAUCCCUGUUAUGGAAUCCGGAGCUCGAUAUUCCGCAGCUGCUGGUGAUCGCAUCUACACUUCAUAUGGGCUUCUUCAAACUGCUAUGUUCACGUUCUAUUCUGGCAUGAACUUGUGGGAUGUACUUCAGUCGGCAGAAACGGCUUAUGAGGAAGUCCAUACCUGGGCACCAUCUAUCGAUACCAACAUUUUGAUCAUUUCCCUCUUACGUACUAUCAAGGCACUUCAGGGCAAGACUUACAUAGCCGAUGCAAAAUGUGUGUUUGAUGGCGACGAUGGCUUCAAUGAUGCUCACUUUGUGAACGAAAUAUGCCUUCAUUCUGUCAACCCCGCUGUGCCAGUCAACUGGUACGAAUCUCUCAAAAUGCUUCCACUUGUGCUCUAUGGGCACAGCGAAGAGGCCAUACGAGUUGGUGACCAAUGCCACUUUGAAAGUCAUAAUCAUCCGUGCCAACGACAUACCCGAUUCAUGAUGUUCUUACAUUCGCUGGCUAUCAUCGAUGUUAUUCGCAGGACGCCUAAUAUGGAUGGUCGCAAUCGCUUUCAUUACUUGAAUAAGGUGCAGCAGAAUCAGAGGCUUCUGAAUGAAUGGGUUCAGAAUAGUCGGAUCAACUAUGAACUCUGGUAUGUCCUCGUCGAGGCUGAAACGAUCUCCCUUCAAGAUAACUUUGUAAAAGCAAGUAAAUUAUACGAAAAGGCUAUGGAUUUAGCUCGAGAUGGGCACUGGAUGCUCGAAAAAUGUAUAACCCACGAAUACGCUGGCGAAUUUUAUCUACGUAACGGAAUUGCAAACGUUGGAGUUGCCUUAUUACACAAGGCUGUCAAAGCGUACACUGCUCAUGGCUCCUACGGAAAAGCCCAGCAAUUGAGCAAAAAGCAUCAUUCUGUCUUUGUUCUCGUGGAAGACGAUGAACCAAAGGAAGUUAACGCUGGCGUACAGACUGAUGUGGCUCCAUUACUAGGACACCGUGAUUCUUGGGGUGAACUGUCCAUGUCCAAUAUACAACCAGCUGCGUUACCCAAUCCUCAAAAUGGACUUAUAUUCAACGAUCAAGAACCUACUGACUCUGUCACAGCGGUGACUGCAGAACAAGCACUUGCGACGCUGGAUAUUGUUGACCUCGCCUCCAUUCUGAAGAGCAGUCAAGUCAUCUCUUCUGAAGUGAAGUUUGACAGUCUCCUGAAAUCCAUGAUGACCAUUAUCUUGGAUAACUCGGCGGCUGAAUGUGGUGCUAUUAUUGUCAAAGACGAGUACUUCGGUAUCUGUGCUUUUGGCACUCGCCAUGGUGGCCCGUCAACAUUUGAGCCACCCAAACCUUUGCGCGAAGAAGAAGACAUGAUUUCAAAUCGUAUUGUGCAGCACACGUUACAUACGGGUGAAAGCACCUUGAUACCCAAUGUACAAAACGACCCAAGAUUUGCCGUUGGUUCAUGGUUUGAACGAGCGGGUAUCAAGUCUAUCAUUUGCUUGCCAGUUCUUCACAAAGGUGUUCUUGCAGGCUGCCUUUAUUUGGAAGGCUCACCUGGUAUCUUUACGCAACGUCAUAUCACUGUUCUUACUUUGCUUUGCCAACAAAUGGGCAUUUCUUUGACCAACGCUUUCUUGUUCAAGUCCAUUCAAAAAGUCACCAUGACCAAUGUUAGAAUGAUCGAGACGCAAAAGCUUGCUCUUGAGGAAGCCAGAAAGAGUAAAGAAGACGCACUGCGUGCUACUCACCUUCGUGAAAUCUUUUUGGCGAACAUGAGUCAUGAAAUUCGUACACCUUUCUCAGGUUUCUAUGGCAUGAUAUCGUUGUUGUCUGAAACACAAUUGGAUGCAGAACAGCAGGACCUUGUCAGAACGGCUAAAGAAUCGUGCGAAAUGCUUUUACGUAUCAUUGACGAUUUGCUCAACUUCAGUAAGCUGCAAGCUGCGAAAGUCACUUUGGAUGUCUCGCGCAUUGUUUUAGAGGACGUCAUUGCCGAUGUGGUUGAGAUCUUGAUAGCGAUGGCAGCUCGCAAGAACCUGACAGUCGUGUAUUUUGUUGAUGACGACGUCCCGCCUUGUGUCAUGGCUGAUGGAAACCGACUUCGCCAAGUGCUUAUGAACCUCGUCGGCAAUGCCAUCAAGUUCACCAACCAAGGCCAAGUGGUUGUUCGAUGCUCUCUAGCCAAGCAGGUGCCUGAGGAACCUGGAAAUGUCGUUCUGUUGUUUGAGGUUGUCGACAGCGGUAUUGGUAUCAGUGAAAGCCAACUAAAGGCAUUAUUCAAGCCCUUCUCUCAAGUCGAUGGCAGUACCACUCGUCUCUAUGGUGGAACAGGUCUUGGCUUGUCCAUCUGUAUGCAGCUAGUUCAAUUGAUGUCUGGUAAGAUCAGUGUAACGAGCACACCUGGUGUAGGAUCCAAUUUCUUCUUUACUAUCAAGGUUCAAACUGCGGACGAUCCGGCCCACGAGAAUCUGGAGUUGGAAAUUCGAGAUGAUAUCAAGGGUCUUACCAAAGCGCUUGGAAGACCUCGUAUAUUGGUCGGAUCCAAUGCGAAGUCCAUGAUCGAAAUGAUGUGCGGGUUUAUGAAAUCGUUCGACGUGACCAGUGCCAACUCUUUCCCUGCGGUUAUGGCGGAAUUGUCAGAAACAUCCUACGAUAUCCUUAUUCUCGAUUUCCCUAUUACUGCUGAAUUCGCCCAACAGGUCCGGGUAGUGGAGUCAGGCACUCAGUGGCAAAACAUGUGUAUCAUUGUUUUGCAUUAUCCCAGUGGUGAUGUUUUGCAUUUGCACCAAGAUAAGUCCAAUCUACUAGAAGUUUCGGCCAAGCUCGUUCGCAUGGCCAUUCCUGUUCGACGCCUCAAGCUGCUUCGGGCGAUUGCCGAUUUGCUCAACCUUGCCCCCACCAAAAAGGCAUCAAGAUCUAUCAAGAUGUCUAGUGUAUCGCAAAUCUACAGUCCCCAAGAACUUGAGUUAUUCAAGACGGUCAGAAUUCUGAUCGCUGAAGAUAACCCGGUUGCCCAAAAAUUGCUGUUUAAACAGCUUUCUCGUUUAGGCUUCAAUGUCGAUUGUGCUAACAACGGUCUUGAGGCUGUAGUUCUAUGGGAGAGCCACCCCGAAACAUAUUAUGCCGUGGCUCUAUUUGAUCAUCAUAUGCCUGUUUGCGAUGGCGUGGAAGCAACGAAACGUAUCCGGCAUACCGAGAAGACCAGCAACCGAAAGCGCAAGCUACCCAUUAUUGCCUUAACGGCAGAUGUUCAACAAACGGCGCGCGAUGUUUGUUCCUCAGCCGGCAUGAAUGGCUACCUCACCAAACCCUUAAACCAAAAUAGCUUGGCAGAAUUAUUGAGACGCUAUUUGAUUGAUGAGCCAGCUAAUGCUUGCCUAACAAGCCUCUCUGAGGCGAUAGAAAGUUAACUCAAUGUUACUGUAUUAUAUUUUUUACCACUAUAACUCUAACUCGUUUGCAUUUCCCUUACAACCUUCUAAAUCCAGUCAUUAUCUAUUGCUUCAUAGCUUAAACUGUUUUUUUUUUACAACAUCUGUUGUUGACCCUUGUGUAAUCACAUGUAGCUUAUGAUCACCCGUAAUAUUCACUGAUACUUUUUUUC